CAAAUGUCUCAUUUUUUUAGUUUAAGUUGAAAGGGUCAGAGAAGAAGAAAUCCACAAAGUGUUGAAAAGACACAUGUAAAUUUGGAUAGCACUAAAUAAAAUCCAAUUUGUCCGCCAUUAGAGAAGUUCCAUCGCAGUUUCUCAUAUUGCUGCGGAAGCUUCAACGAAUUCCUCUUGACAAAAAAAAAUCCCAACUCCAUUUCCCACUUUCCCAUCACCCAGAAACUGACCGGCAUUGUACAUUCUCUAUAUAAAUAAUCUCAAAUCUUUCAUCAUACAAAACAAGAAACAAAUAAAUAGGAUAAUAGAUUUUGUUAUUCAACAAUGGCGACGCAGGAAAAUCAACAAAACGUCGUCGUAAUGAGACACGGUGAUCGUUUGGAUAACUUUGAGGAGUUGUGGGUGAUGAAAGCUGAAAGACCGUGGGACCCACCCUUGCAUCAGGAUGGUAAGAUCCGGGCAUUUUGUACGGGUCAAAAGAUCCGAUCCAAUAUUGAUUAUCCGAUCCAUAGGGUUUUCGUUUCUCCGUUCCUCCGAUGUGUGCAGACGGCUGCAGAAGUCGUACGUGCUCUUUGUGACGUUGCCGAUCACAGCGGAGAGUCCAAUGUAUUGUCCUCCAAUUCCGAUUCCGUCAUCAUUGAUCCUUCCAAAGUCAAAGUAUCUAUUGAAUAUGGUUUGUGUGAAAUGCUGAAUUUAGUAGCCAUAAGAGCUUCUGCAGCUCCCAAGGAUGGGGAUUUCAAAUUCAGCAUCUCACAAUAUGAAUCUGAGUUGCCUGCUGGAACUGUAGAUAACACUGUUGAACCUGUGUAUAAGAAGCUGCCAGAGUGGGAAGAGACGUUGGAAAGUGCAAGGGCUAGAUAUGUGGAGGUAGUUAAGGCCCUUGCUGAUAAGUAUCCUUCUGAGAACCUGUUGUUAGUCACACAUGGUGAAGGAGUAGGCUCCAUCUUUACUGCGCUUAACAAGGAUGCAACUGUAUUAGAGGUAGCAUAUUGUGGACAUUUGUGUGCGAAGAGAAGUAUCCAAUCCGGAGAGGACCAAUCAUUUACUGCUGGAAAGUUUGUAUACGAGAAACAAACCGGUAUAAUAUCUGCUGCUAAAUAAGAAAUAAGUGAUCGUAUUGUUCGGGUUUCUUCCCUUUGUGCUAUGGCUGUUACUUAUCGUCCAUUUUGACGAAGCUUGCUUGUCCAUUUAUGCGUUUAGGUUUCCAUUGCUGAACUAUGUUAUUACUCUUUUCUUUUCUCCUUUCUUCUUGUUUUGGAACUUUUGAUUUGAAAGAGAGGUUAUGGAAGCCCAGAUGGCCUCUGUUGCCACCUUGUAAUUCUGAAAUCCCAAAAUGCAUUUCUCUGUUGGACUACUUGCAUCCCAAUUGCAAUUGUUAUUUUGAGAAUGAUAUGUGGUAUUGCUAUUA